UAUUUUGUAUCCUUUCAUGUCCACAGACCAGAGAAGAGAUCUAAAAUGUCAGCAUCUCGCAAGCUCAUGCUAAAGAGCUUGAUGGUUGCCAAGGCCAAAGAGGAACUGGAGCAGGAGCUGGAAGAGAAAGAGGAGCAGAAGGAAAAAUACCUGGAAGAGAAUAUUCCUCCAGUACAGACUAGCGGGAUGUCGCUGGAUGAGCUGCGGACAUUGUGUGAAGAGCUACAUGCCAAAAUCGAUGUGGUGGAUGAGGAGCGGUAUGAUACUGAAGCUAAAGUCUUGCACAACACCAGAGAGAUCAAAGAUCUGAACAUCAAAGUGCUAGACUUGCGAGGGAAGUUCAAGAGGCCCAAUCUGAGAAGGGUGAGGGUGUCCGCUGACGCCAUCCUGCGGUCUGUUCUGGGCUCCAAACACAAGGUGUCUUUGGAUCUGCGGGCAAACCUCAAAUCUGUCAAGAAGGAUGACGCAGAAAAGGAAAAGACGGUGGAGGUGAGCGACUGGAGGAAGAACGUGGAGGCCAUGUCUGGCAUGGAGGGUCGCAAGAAGAUGUUUGAUGCAGCAAAAGACCAAAACCAGUGAAGAAGUGCCAAUGAAGAAGCAUUUUAUGUCCAAUACCACCACUUUCCACUAAAAAGGAGUCCUCCCAAUUCAAUCAUACAUGUUUCAUAUCUUUCCUGGAUAGUUUUAUUACAUCACUGAUAUAAAUAAAAGACAGAUUUUUCCUCUCUUCACACUUAAGCUUGUGCAUUUUAGUUUGAAAAAGACAUUUCCAAACAUUUCUGUCAUUGCUUGCCAGCUUAUAUGUAGUUUUAUGUACUGUUUUUUGUCUGUGAGUGUGUGUGCUUUAUUUUUUCUCGUUAUUUCUUCUUCUUUGAGCAGAAGGGAAAGAAAUAAAGAUCUUUAGUAUCAAACAAUUAACCGCAGGUCUGACAAGUAUUUUGUAUCAUUUCAAUCUAGAAUAAAAAGCUAAACACAUGAUGGUGGAAACAUCUG